AUGUGCUCGAAUGUCCUUGACGAGGUGCCUCAAGUGAAAUUAGGUGUUUUCUGGGAAUGCAGAGUCUGUUUCAACCUGACUCCAAUGUGGAAAAACUUCGACCCAUCUUUGCCUCUCAAAGUUGAAAUUCCGGCACCAUCUCUGGAAACUUGCCCAAUUCUAAAAAGUUUGAUAAUGGAGUCACCCCCAGCGACUCCUCAAAGCGAUAUUCAAAACUGUCCAAAGCUCAAGAAAAUGCUCAUGGCUCCAAAAAAAGGAUUUGAAAUUCAGAAUUUUAGAAAUGCAUCGUACACCGUCAAAACUGAGCAAUUGGUCUACAAGAACAACUCUAACCAAUUCAAACAAAAUGCAAAAAUUGAAAUUUUUGAGCCAAAUUCACAAAUUUGCUCCCCAAAUUGGAAUUUUUCAGAUUAUCAUUCGAAUUCUUUGAACUAUUCAAAUUUCCAUCAGUAUCCAGAACUCAAGCCAAAUUUUGAUUAG